AUGCCAGCCAAGAAGCCCGCCUCAGCACGCAAGGGCAAGCAGCCGCGCGACGAGCAGCAGCUGCGCGCCUCGUCGCGCGACCUCCUCGGCGCCGAGCAGGGCCGCGAGCCGACGAGCGAGGAGCGCGAGCCGCCCGUGUACGAGCAGGGCCUCAACGACGGGCCCAACAUCGCCGAGAGCAUUGAUGUUGAGCUCAUCGAUGAUAAUCUGUACCGCAGCAAGUCGCUCUGGGUGCCUGCUCGCGCGCGUGGUGUCUUUGGCGGGCAGGUCAUUGGGCAGGCCGUGUCGGCGUCGAAUGCGACGGUGCGCGACGAUGUCUUCCUCCACUCGCUCCACUGCUACUUCCUCCUCGCCGGCGACAAGAACGUGCCCAUCAUCUACGACGUCAAGCGCCUGCGCGACGGCGGCUCGUACGUGACGCGCAGCGUCGAGGCCAUCCAGCAUGGGCGCGCCAUCUUCACCAUCAUGCUCUCCUAUCAGCGGCCAGAGCCAGGGCGGCCGCGCUUCGCGAUCCCUCUGCCGCGGUCGCUGGGUCCCGCCGGCGAUGCCGAGGGCGUUGACCCUGGCGGAAUGGGCAACGCCUCGGUGCGCCUCGGCGGCGCCUCCAAGGGACCCAGCCCCGAGUCGGUCUUCAGCGCCAACCGCAGCGCCAACGGCGACGUGACUGGCCUGUUCAGUCCCGAGGAGAGCCCGCUGAACGAGGAGCGCUACCUGCGCGUGCUGCGCGAGAAGGGCCACAUGAUGGAUGCGGGCCUGAAGAAGGUGCUCGAGGGAUGGGUUGAGGAUCGGCGGCGUAGCGCUGUCGAGAUCCGUGACGCACUGCCUGGCAUGUACGAUGCGAAUGGCCUGCCGACAGCAGGCUACGAGCAGGCCUUCUGGAUGCGCACGCGCCAGCCAGUCGCGGGCGGCGACGACGAGCAGAAGGCGGCGCUGGCGUAUGCCUCUGACUUCUACCUGCUCUCGACGAUUCCAAAGGCGCUCGGCAACUCGCGAAGGAUCAAGAUGAUGGCCUCGCUGGACCACUCGAUGUGGUUCUACGACACGUUCGACGUGUCGCAGUGGAUGCUCUUCAUCAUGCAGACGCAGGCUGCAGCGCACGGGCGGGGCGUGGCUAUGGGUCGCAUCUACCGGCAGGACGGCACGCUCGUCGCAGUGGUUUCGCAAGAAGGCCUCGUGCGCGGCAAGGAUGAUGAGAGCGAGGCCAAGCCGGCGAAGCUCUGAGGUGCACUGGCUCGUUUUGUAUAUACCAUUAUCAGCAGACAAGAGAAGGAGC